GUUUGUCAUCUACGACCUGUUGAAGCGGAACUUCUUCCAAAGAGAGGCAGAGAUUUCCGCGUCCAAUGCCUUCAUUGCCGGCGCAAUCGCGAAGUCCGUGGCUACCUGCGCAACUUACCCGUUCCAAGUUGCUCAGACACGACAGCGAGUGCAUCGACGAACGCCGGGGGUGGCCGAGACGGGCAUCUUCGACUGCCUCAUCGAAGUGGUGGUCAUGAGCGGCUUCGCAGCCCUGUAUGCUGGCAUUGAGGCGAAACUCCUGCAGACCGUGCUCAACUCGGCACUGAUGUUCAUGUUCUACGAGAAGUUGGUGGCCCAACUGCAUGGCAUCUACGCCGCCAUUGCGGAAAACAGGAGUCGACGCCCCAAGCGAUUUCGUCAAGGCAUCUGA